CGCUCCGCCCUCUCCCCUGGGGAGCUCCCACCUCCAUUCCGGCUUCGCUUAGGUACCUCGGUCCAGGAUUCGGUUUCCUGGGACCUGCGCUACGCUCCAGCUCCUGCACUGUCCGUCCCGGCCUGGGAUCGCCAUGGCUUCCCUCUUGUGUUGUGGGCCCAAGCUGGCCGCCUGCGGCAUCGUCCUUAGCGCCUGGGGGGUGAUCAUGUUGGUCCUUCUUGGAAUUUUCUUCAAUGUCCAUUCUGCUGUGCUAAUUGAGGAUGUACCUUUAACUGAGAGUGAUUUUACUGAGAGUGGUCCUCAGAAAAUCUAUGAACUUUAUGAACAAGUGAGCUACAACUGCUUCAUUGCUGCUGGUCUUUAUCUCCUCCUUGGAGGCUUCUCAUUCUGCCAAGUCCGGCUCAACAAGCGCAAGGAAUACAUGGUCCGUUAGGACACUCCAUUCCACUCCCAAGGAUCUGGGGGUCCCCCUAACCCACCCCAUGCCUCUUAUUUAAAUUCCCUUCUCUCAACCUUCCCCUUCCUUCUUGGGGUCCCUCCAUUUCUUUCACCGUAGGCGCUGAGGGUGUUGCUGGCUGCUCUCUGGAGAAUGGGUCGGGAAGUGGGGAAGAGAAAAGCUUCAGUUACCCAUUUUGCUCGGUUGUUUUACCCCUGUUUUGUGGGGGUGGCUCUGCCUUCUCCUUUCUAGCCCCUGGGCUGUCUCUGCUAGUAACAAUAAAGCGAAGGUGUUCUCUGCGG